AUAGCGGUGUGUGACGGCAGUAACACUAAUAGUGGAAUACCUCGAAGUUUCUUAACACUGGCCCCGCUAAAACUUUUUCCAGAUUUGCGCGCUGCAUGUGCACUAAUUAAUUGAUUUUUUUAAACUUCAACAGCCAAAUCGAAGAAAAAGAAAGCUGAAUAUCUUACGAACUUCCCCCAUUGACAAAUCAGAAUAUAAAGGGCCAUGGGCUAUAUAUGUAAAAACAUAUAGAGACUCGUGGGAGUUUCCCCUUAUAUCUAACCUCCAUAUUUUGAAUCCCUAAUUCAAAGUCCUCCAAAGACAUUAUACGAUGUCUAUAAUGUUGCGCGGAGGGUUCUCCCCUAGUGCCUACAAUGCGCCCUCGACUCUCUGCCGAAGAUGUAUUUUACGAUCCUUAUACGCUAGACGGCCACAGACACGGCACAUUUCCACUUCGUGGCUGGCGAAACAGGCGGAGUCAAAACGGCAAUGGGACCUUCAAGCCGUAGAGAUCAAGGAGGGGUUGAGGCCGCACCCUUGGGACAUUCUCAAGGAGCGUGGAUAUGUGAAGGACACUGCCGGAACCGAAGAACAAAUCAGAGAAUUGAUGCUGAAGAAAAGGAUAGGCGCUUAUGUCGGAAUCGAUCCUACCGCCCCUUCUCUUCACGUUGGCCAUUUAAUAACCUUGAUGCCUCUUUUCUGGAUGUACAUACACGGCUUUAAGGCUGUGAGUGUCCUUGGCGGUGCGACGGCCAAAGUUGGGGAUCCCACAGAUCGUUUACAAAGUCGCAAACCGAUGAAAAGGGCCGAUAUGACCAUGAAUAUCACGAAGAUGCACUAUCAACUGAAGCGCAUAUGGCUGAAUGUCGAAGCGCAAGGGAGGCGCUACGGCUAUGAGAAGGAAAAAAGGGUAUGGUCUCGUGCAGUAUUGAACAACAGCCAAUGGUAUAACACUGUUCCAUUUAUAGAGGUUGUCGCUCGCUUAUUCAAGGGAAUGCGCCUAGGCCCCAUGCUGUCUCGCGACACUGUUAAGCGGAGGAUGGAGACAGGCGAAGGCAUGGGUCUGGAUGAAUUCGUAUAUCCUCUGAUGCAGGCAUGGGAUUGGUGGUAUUUGUUCCGUAAACAAGGCGUGCUCAUGCAGAUUGGUGGGUCUGAUCAAUACGGAAACAUCGUCGCUGGUGUGGACAGCGUCAAAUACAUGCGAGACCAUGAAGUAAACGACAGCGAGAAGGUUCCUAGCGAUUUUUUGCACACACCUGUCGGGUUUACUGUCCCUCUUCUUACUGAUUCGGCCGGCGUUAAGUUUGGCAAGAGCGCCGACAAUGCCAUCUGGCUUGACCCGUUCAAGACGAGCUCAUUUGAUCUAUAUGGCUACUUCGUGCGACGACCCGACACCGAAAUCGAGAAAUUACUCAAACUACUCACGUUCUUUCCCAUGGAAACCAUUAAGGACCUUAUGGCGAAGCACGAAGAGAACCCUUCCAAGCGUAUUCCUCAUCACGCCCUAGCUUUCGAAGUGCUCUCAUUAGUGCAUGGGUUCCAGGAAGCAACGAACACUCAAAAUCAACACCUAGGACUUUACGCAAGAAAAAAGAUUGACCCCGAAGAGGAACGCAUGUCCUUAAACGAGGGGGCGUUGACAUCCGAUCGAGCGUUGAACUUCCAGAUUGACAUCAAGCUCCCCAAAUCACUAGUCCUAGGCAAACACAUAAGUCGCAUUCUCUAUGCUGCCGGCCUCGCGGACAGCGUCACCGACGGCAGCCGGCUGACACAGCAACAAGGUGCCUACAUCGGCGGCUCCCCGGGACAACCCGCGGCCACCAACGUAGGCAUGCGCUACGACCAGCUCAUGUUCACGCCCGUCAAGUCCUGGUUCACGCAAGAUACCAAGAACUUCCUCAUCGACGGCAAGCUCCUCAUCCUCCGACGAGGCAAGCACUUCAUCCGCGUCGUGGAGAUGGUCAGCGACGAGGAAUGGGCCGCCUCCGGCCUAACCUACCCCGGAGAGCCCGGCAUGGGACGCGUCCGCCUGCUGCGCACAGCCCUUCGAAAAGCCAUGGGCGACAACAGCAUAAAGAUGCACUCCCCAGAACAGCGCAAGAAGCUCCUCGACGGCGCCGAGACGAUCUACGCGGAGCAGCUCAACGCGGGCAAGUUCAAGGAGCUCGAGAAGGGCGUCCCGCCCAACCGCGCGCGCCAGAUCCUCAAGCACGCCUUCUCCUAUUACCAGGAAGAGGGGCCCCGCUCCGCCAAGCUCAAGACCAUGGCCAUCGAUGAGGUGCUCGCGUCCGCGCGGGUAGAUCUCGAGGCGCUGGAAAAGGAUACUAUGGUUUCCAGUGACAUUACACCGGCGCCGAAGAGCGGACAGAGCGGAAAGAGGGCGAGCUUCACCCGCAUCAAGACGGAUUAAGUGUAGAGUACGUGUAUCAUAUGAAUAUUAUACCAAACGUUUUCGCUCUUAAGACUUUUGUGCAUGUGUUUCACUUGGUCGAACCUAGGUGCUUAGGUGGCUACCCCUAUUAGUUAUGUUGAAAUGUAAAAUGUGCUCGGGAACAUUUCAUCGCCAAUGGGGGUGUUUGGUAGUAUUAGGAUU